CUCCCACACUCACAAGAAGCCCAGAAAGAAGCAGUGCUGAAGACAUAAGAAAGCCAUGCGAGGUAGAGGAGCAGGAGAAGAGAUAUACACCCACAGCAUAUAAGGGAAAACCAAAAUAGUCAAGCCAAGCUAACUAGCCAGUAGCCACAGCAGCUACACUACACUAGCAUACUGCACUGCGCUUGCUGUUCCAUGUGGCGCGAUCCACGGACAAAAAAAGGCCACUUCGUUGAUGAAUUAUAGCUUUGGCGGCAACGUGUUCGACCAGGAGGUGGGAGGAGGGGGAGGAGGAGAAGGAGACGGCGGCGGCGGCGCGAGAUGGGCGAGGCCGUGCGACGGGUGCCGCGCGGCGCCGGCCGUGGUGUACUGCCGCGCCGACGCCGCGUACCUCUGCGCGUCGUGCGACGCGCGGGUGCACGCGGCCAACUGCGUGGCGUCGCGGCACGAGCGGGUGCGCGUCUGCGAGGCCUGCGAGCGCGCCCCGGCGGCGCUGGCGUGCCGCGCCGACGCCGCCGCGCUCUGCGUCGCCUGCGACGUGCAGGUGCACUCCGCGAACCCGCUCGCCAGGCGGCACCAGCGCACGCCCGUGCCGCCGCUCCCGCCCGUCGCCAUCCCGGCCGCCUCCGUGCUCGCCGAGGCGGCGGCGCCGGCCACCGCCGCCGCCGUCCUCGGCGACAAGGACGAGGAGGUGGACUCCUGGCUGCUGCUCACCAAAAACUCUGACAACAACAACAACAACAAUAACAGCAGCAACAACAACAACGAUAACACCAACAACAACGGCAUGUACUUCGGUGAAGUUGACGAAUACUUCGAUCUUGUCGGCUACAACUCGUACUACGACAGCCGCCAAGAUCAGUACGAGAUGCAUGAACAGCAGGAGCAACAGCAGGAGAUCCAGAAGGAGUUUGUGGAGAAGGAAGGGAGCGAGUGUGUGGUACCUUCGCAGGUCACGAUGGUGAGUGAGCAGCAGCACAGUGCCUAUGGGGUGGUAGGAGCAGACCAGGCCGCCUCCAUGACCGCCGGGGUCAGCGCUUACACGGAUUCCAUCAGCAACAGCAUAUCGUUCUCAUCAAUGGAGGUGGGUAUAGUGCCAGACAGCGCGGCGAUAGACAUGCCGCCGAGUUUCAGCGUCCACCUGACGCCCGCCGGAGCCAUCGGCCUCUUCCCAGCACCAGGCCCGUCGUUCCAGGUGCCCCUCGGCUUCAGCGCCAUGGACAGGGAGGCCAGGGUGCUGAGGUACAGGGAGAAGAAGAAGGCCAGGAGGUUCGAGAAGACCAUACGCUACGCGACGAGGAAGGCGUACGCGGAUGCGCGCCCCAGGAUCAAGGGCCGCUUCGCCAAGCGAUCGGACGUGGAGGUGGAGGUGGAGCAGAUGUUCUUUUCGUCGUCUGCUGCUGCUGCUGCUCUCUCUGACGGCGGCAGCUGUGGCACCGUUCCAUGGUUCUGAAUCGAUGGGGCUUAAUAUAUAUAUCUAUAUGUAGGGCAUGAU